AUGGACCAUGGGCCUGUGGACGCUGCGCCGAAUGCAGACGCCGAUUACCAGGACCCAAGCGCACGCCCAGAGUCUCGUGACGAUGCUCGAUUGAACAUCCCGCGCCGUGGUGGCGGAUUCCGUGUUGCAUCCCGAAGUCGAAGUAGAGAAUUCGAGCAGAAUGGUAGUGGAGGUGAUCAUGCCAGCACUCGAAGUCGUAGCCGACGACCAAGCUACAACAGUGAGUCGGCAGGGUCAUUUGACGAUGGGCCGGUCCUGAAGCGAGUGGGUGCUGUUGAUGGCGAGGAGGACCGGGAUGCUGACGGUGAAGGCGAUGGUGGGGAGAUCCAUCUUACGGAGAAGGGUCACCACGAUAUGCCUGAGCAUGAUGCUGUCGAUGAGGGAGAUGGUGCUGGUCCGAAUACUGCGGGCUCAACCAGAGAUCGCUCGCAUAGGAUGUACAAAUUUACGCUGUACGAGACUAAUGCUAGAUACUGGAUUACUGGCGCAGAUGUCACGGAUAAGUCCUUUCGACUGCUGCGGAUAGAUCGAACUUCUCCCCCUGGACAAGUCGUCCUGUUUGAGGAUGCGACGAUCUACGAUCGGAGGCAGAUGAACGAGGUGCUGACUAGUAUCGAUGAGGGUAAUCGUGCCACGGGAGGUCUGAGACUGAAAUAUGGCUUCUUCGGUUUGCUCGGCUUCAUCAGGUUCACAGAGGCACACUACAUGCUCCCCGUCACAAAGCGCCAACAAGCUGCUAUGAUAGGAGGCCACUAUGUCUAUCAGAUCGAAGAUACAGAGAUGGUGCCUUUGACCACAGGCGCCAGCUCCCGCUUCAUGCGCGAUCGUAAUCCAGAAGAGCUUCGCUUUCUGGGUAUUUUGAACAACCUUGAUCUGAAUAAACACUUUUACUUCAGCUAUGCGUACGACAUCACGCAUAGUCUGCAGCACAACAUCAUCACGCAACGGGCAGCUCUAGCAGACGGCCGACAUGAUCCAAAGCCGGACUUCAAUGCCAUGUUCGUGUGGAACCAUCAUCUGCUGAAACCCGCCACGGCAGCGCUCAAGCACCCGUUUGAUUGGUGUCUACCCAUCAUCCACGGUUUCAUCGACCAGACUUGCCUCGACAUAUUUGGCCGAAGUGUAUACAUCACCAUCAUUGGCCGUCGCUCUCGCCACUUCGCCGGAGCUCGAUUCCUAAAGCGAGGCGUCAACGAUUUAGGCUAUGUUGCAAACGAUGUUGAAACUGAGCAGAUAGUGGCAGAGAAGCUCACCACAUCAUUUCAUGCUCCCGGACCGAAGCUGUACUCCAAUCCAACAUACACAUCCUACCUCCACCACCGUGGCAGCAUACCACUCUACUGGACGCAAGAUAACAGCGGCGUGACCCCGAAACCUGACAUCGACAUCAACCUCAAUGAUCCCUUCUACCAGCCUGCGGCACUACACUUCGACAACCUCUUCGAGCGCUACGGCUGUCCAUUGUACAUCCUCAACCUCAUCAAAGCACGAGAACGAACACCACGCGAAUCGAAACUCCUCGCACAAUUCGCCGAAAGCGUCGACUACCUAAAUCAAUCCUUACCACCUCACGCCAAGGUCAUCUACAAGACCUUUGACAUGUCCCGAGCAUCCAAGACCCGAGGCGGGGAUGUCAUAGGAAGUCUUGAGACCAUAGCAUCCGAGAUCCUGAACUUGACGAAUUUCUUCCACAACGACCCGACCUCACCUCGACUCCAGAAUGGUAUCGCACGGACAAACUGUAUUGAUUGCCUAGACCGUACGAACGCGGCACAGUUUGUGAUAGGCAAGCAUGCCUUGAGUCUGCAGCUACGAGCGCUGGGUCUCUAUCCUCCGGAUCCGCAUCCCACGAUUCCUUAUGAUACCGACUGCAUUAAUACGUUCACCUCCCAAUUUCACUCGCACGGCGACACGAUUGCAGUACAAUACGGUGGCUCUCACCUCGUCAACACCAUGGCCACAUACCGGAAACUGAACCACUGGCAAAGCUCUAGCAGAGACAUGGUAGAGAGUUUCAAGCGCUACUACCACAAUUCAUUCCUCGACAGUCAGAGGCAGGAGGCGUAUAAUCUCUUCUUGGGGAAUUACGUCUGGGUACUGGGUGAACCACGACUGUGGGAGCUAGGAAGCGAUUACUAUCUCCAUCAUUCUGGCCCGCGAGGCUGGGGCGAGAGGAGGAAAGGGAGAAGGAGCUAUAUAUUCUGGUUCACUCCCGAGUUCCUGCACGAGAGGGUGAUGCCGGUCGUGAGUGCUGAUGCCGUGGCAGCGCUCAAUGAUGUCCCAGGCAAGGAUGAUGUGGGAAAGAAGGUAGAGGGAAAGAAGGACGGCAUAAUCCCCGCCUACGACGAAUACUGGCUGGAAUGCUACCGCCCCACCGCCCUCUCCUCCCUGCAGAAAAUCUACUCCUACCGCAUCAACGCCGAACACCGUUUCCUCCCCGACCGACCACACGCCAAUCGCGACGGAGGGAAGUACAAUUUUUCUCCUUUUGUGCCGAGACUGGAAGCGCAUCAGCGACGCCCAUCUAUUGAUUCGCCGGACAAGAGACAGACGAGCAGCCAGCAGCAGCAGCAUCAGAGGAAAGGUGUCACGAUCUUGGAUCCCAUGGAUGAUGCGCCUUCCCUGUAUCCGCCUAGCGAGGAGGUUGGGGCGGGAGGCGGGAUUCCUCCACCCAGGAAUGUACCGUCGAGUGCGAUGGAGAUCCAGCCUACGAAUGGGAUCUUGAGGGAACCGACGCAGGCGAGAAGAACAUCUGAGCAGCAGCAGCAGGAGCAGGCCCAGAUGGCGCCGGAUAAAGCUACCAUGCACCUCUGGUCGCUAGAGAAGAUCCACCGUUCUUCCCUCCAUCCCUCCGUCUCGGUCACGGAGUCGAGGGAGUACGAAAGGUAUAUUUCCCAUCCACUGCAUUUACCCCUCGUCACGAAUCCGACCGACCACAUCUCCUCCGACCGCAGUAGCAGCAGCAGUACCGCGGCCGCACCUUCCGCCUCAACAACCGCCGAAUACAUCGCCUAUCUCUCCCUUACCCAGCCGUCCAUCCUGACUUCAACGUCGACGUCCCAUCCCACCCACCAGAAGAAGCUCAAUGGCGGGCAUGUCGACGAUGUAGAUGAAGCGGAUCUGCAACAAUUCCUCGAUUUCGUGGCAGAUGGCCGGGAGGAGGAUGUGUUGACGGUCACGGAGGGGGAUGGCGGGAAGAAGAGGUAUAAGGCUUAUCGGCAGUGGUUGAGGGGGAAGAGUCUGUUUAAGCAGAGUAAGGUUGAUCCGGAGUAUCGGACGGGAUGA